UGGGAUGUGAAAAGGUGACUCUUCCUGCUUUGAGUGGGGGGUUCUUGGGGCUGCCAGCGGCCGCCGCCAGCGGAGAUCCCAUGAUCCACCCCCUAACCCUGAGGACAAUCCCUCGCUCGGAAGAUCCCGCAACCUUCAAUCGAUCGGGAGCCGCCGCUGUUCCUUCCGGGGCCGCUGCCCCACUCCAAGCUUGACCUCCAGAGCAACUCCCGCCGCAUCAUCGGCAUGGGACAGAUGCCAUCAUGACAGGCAAACAGCUCUCCGACGACCACCGUGCCAUUUUAUCGAAGCUACUACAGAUCCCCAAGCUCACCAACCGCGAGAUUUCUUGGGUCCUCGACAUUGACGACAGGACGGUGAGACGCCGCCGGCACGAGUUCGAGGCGACCGGCGAGAUCAAGAAACACAAGGAUGUUAGCAAAAAUGCCGAGAAACUGAAGCCGCAGCAUAUGGAGAAGCUGGUUGCAUGGCACAAGGACCACCCCGAUGCCCUCCUCGACGACAUGCAGAUGUUCCUGCGGAUAGAAUGUGGCCUCGAGGUAAGCCGGCCGACCGUCAGCCGACAGAUCCGAAAAGCAUACGGCGGGGCGUUCCGGAGGAGCGGGCGGUGUGCGCGGUUACGGUCGAGGAAGCAGAGGGAGGCCGAGGGGCGUUCCAUCGCCCUCGAGCUCCAGCAGAAUGGCGGCGGCGAGAGCGGCGGCGACAACGGCGACCAGAGUUACGAGACCGCUUCGUCCGACCUGUUCUAUGACCAGCGGCAGCUAGCUCCGCUGGGACAAUUACUGGGACCGCCGCAUGAGCCGGUGCGGCAGGAAGAGGAGCCGGCUUAUCAUGCGGAAGACGGGCAACAGUAUCCGGCCGGCAGUGUCAGCUAGCCGAGUGGAAGGGCGCUCGGCGUUUGGUGGAUCACGGACGUCGCGAUCGUGGUUUUACAUCGGCUUGAAUCGUAGUUUAUAAUGGGUAACCUUUUUUUGUUGGCUGGUUGGCACCAGCACCCCGCGAGGCGGUUAUCA